UCCCCAGCGAACACCUCGGAUCAUCCUGAUCUUCGAUUCCAGCAAAGCUCGAUCGCUUGUUCUUAUGGCCAGCAGGGUCCUCUUUACACCUUUUCGCGCUCUUAUCGCCCGGAUCGAAAACGUUGUUAUCUCUUCAUCCCACCACCUUCUAAGAUCGACCUAGACGACGAAACAGACAAAAAUCUCGAUACCCAAGGCACUACGCAACAACCACGAAAGCCAAUAUGUGGUCCUGGUUCGGCGGAGCAGCAGCCCAGAAGCGCAAGGAUGCGCCCAAAAACGCCAUCCUGAUGUUGCGGGAGCAGCUGGACAUGCUACAGAAACGGGAGAGACAUCUGGAGAAUCAAAUGGAGGAGCAGGAGGCUAUAGCGAAGAAGAAUGUAGCGGCAAAUAAAACUGCUGUUGCGAAAGCGGCUCUUCGGAGGAAAAAGGUCCACGAGAAGAAUCUUGAACAAACGACGGCGCAGAUUACCCAGCUCGAACAGCAGAUCUACUCCAUCGAAGCGGCGAAUAUCAACCAGGAGACUCUGAAUGCGAUGAAGGCGGCUGGUUCUGCCAUGACACAGAUUCACGGGUCUAUGACGAUUGAUAAGGUCGACGAGACGAUGGACCAACUCCGAGAACAACACCAACUCAGCGAGGAAAUUGCCCAGGCUAUCACCAGCCAGUCCGUCGGCGAACAACCAGACGAGGACGAAUUGGACGCCGAACUCGAAGGAUUGGAGCAGGAGGCUAUGGACGAGCGUAUGCUCAAGACAGGGACGGUGCCUGUGGCUGACCAGAUCAACCGGUUACCUGCUGCCGCAAAUGGAGAGCCCAAGGACAAAACGAAGCAAGCCGAGGAAGAAGACGAGGAAGCAGAGCUCGAGAAGCUCCGUGCAGAAAUGGCCAUGUGAUGAUGCAUGUUCCUCGUCUUUUAAUUUCGUUUUAGCGUUUUCCUCCUUUCCAUUUAAGCCUUGAUGCAUGAUGAAUGUUCAACCGGGAAUACUUUGAUUCUUGUUUUAAUGCUUUUAUUCAUACUCCGUUGGCGUAAUUGGGUUAUCGUUUCUGGGGUUGUGUUUGUUUUAGGUUCGCUGAUAAACCGUCGUACAUGUGCUCAAUGAGAUUAACUACCUUUCCACGUAUCUAGUC